UAUAUGAUUUGAACACAUUUGAUACAGAAAGAGUUGGUGAUUUGAAAUUUUCUUUUUAAAGAAAAACAGUGAAAGAUUCUCAUUUUAAUAUUUGGAAAAUAUUUUGUGAAAGCAAGUGAAAAUAAAAAAUAAAAUAAAUUUUUCAUCAUGCGAUCAUCACAAAAUGAAACUCAAUCGAAACCGAAAGGUGUUUAUAGCAUUGAUCAAAUAUUGGGAACACACAACAGGCAAAAUAAUAACACAAUGGAAACUGAUAGUCAUAUACAGAAUGAUAACUGUCAAUCAGACCAUGAAAAUGGUUUGGACAUUGAAAAUGAUGAUGACUACCCGCUGAUGAGCGAUCUGGACGUUGCCGACCAUGAUCCAAACGACAUGAGCCGACCACGUAAAAUAAGACGAUCUAGAACAACAUUCACCACCUAUCAAUUACAUCAACUAGAGCGAAGUUUUGAAAAGACCCAAUAUCCAGAUGUAUUCACUCGCGAGGAGUUGGCCCAUCGAUUGGAGCUUAGCGAAGCCCGUGUUCAGGUCUGGUUCCAGAACAGACGUGCCAAGUGGCGAAAAAAGGAAAAGGCAAUGGGUCGUGAUACAUCAGUCUAUAUGCAUCCCGAACAAUCUGGGUUGCCUGAAUUUCCAAUUCCAUUGUCCAUUCCACAUAACAUUGCCGCUGCUGCAGCUCAUUCGGCUGAAUUUUGGCCGCAAAACUUCCCAUUGCAUUCAACAUUUAGUCCAUCGUUGUUGCAUCAAAAUCUACUGCCCACAUACAAAAUGCCCAAUAUUCAUUCAUUUCUCGCGCAGUAUAUGGGACUAAACAAUCUAGGUAUUUUCAAUUACCCACAAAGUUUAGGCGUCGGCCCACGAAUUAGUCCUCCAAUGAUGAAUAAUAAUAGUAGCCCAAAAGAAAGCCCAACGCUACAAGAUGCUGAAAAAUAGGCAAAUUUCUUUUGUACACCCCAUCAUGCUCACAAAUACACUUAUCGCUUCCACUCUUGAGCAAAUUGUCGAGAACAACAACAGGGUAUCAUCAAAAAACCAAAACAACUUAUUUAUAUUUUUAGUUUAAAGUGAUCGCGAAUUUGUAUUGUCUGAUUUCGUAUACAACAAGAACAACUCAUGCGACAUACGGAAUUUGGACAGAAUCGCCGGAAAAAAAAAAAACAAAGUGUAAUGCAAAUUUGGAAUUUAGUUCGAACAAAAAAAGAAAGAAACAAUUAAAUUAAAAAUCAUAUAACACAAGAUGCAACGUAUCGAUCAAUACAAUUUUUAGGCAAUAAGAUUAAAUGUGCUAGUUUCAAAUAUAUGAAAUUACUGAGAUGAAGAAGAGAAAUGAAAAAAAAGACUUAACGAAUGUGCACAGUAACCAAAUUGUGUAAACAAGGAAGAAAGCCAAUGGUAUUGAUAGAGAAAUAAAUUAGGUGAUCUUCUGACGAAUCCAAAAUACAAACACAUUGUAUAUAUUAUUCUUAUAUAGAAUGAACAAUUGUGAAGCAUAGCGAAUUUUUGAAGUGUUCCCUUCGUUUAUUUUUUCUGUUUAUGUUUCAGAAGAAAAGUCCGAAGCGAUAAUUCCUUUUUAAUAAUUUAGGUGCGAACACAUACACAUACAAAACAGAAACAAAUUGUGUAUUUUCAAACAAUUAGGUAAAAUAUGAAAAGUGUACAACAAUUAAAUGUAUAAUAGAACAACAAAAUGAUCAAAUGAAUCGAAUACGUUGACGUAAUUAAGGUCGAAAGGAUCUGAAUACAAAAAAUGAACCGGUUUAAUUUAUUUGCAACCAAAUUAUGUACCACAUAAAAUACAAAUACAAUUAUAAUUAUAAUAAUUAUAUGAUACAAACAAUAAAACUCUCUAAUAAGGUAUGCUGACU